UUAACUCAGCCUUCUGCUAUGCAGGCAGAUAGCUAGGUGAGUUUAGUUAGUUUUUUGGUUAAAUAAAACUCCUUAACAGGAACAACUUUGAGCCGACCACCUGCAUACAUCGCCGCUUUUUGGGGGGUUUGAAUGAAGUGUGUUUUAAUACGAAUUACAUAUGGCAUUUAAUUAACUUUAACCUAAAACCCAGCUCACAUUAGAACAAGCACCUGUCAUUGCUGACACACCUGGCGGAGAUCUGCACUCCACUGAGCUCCCCUCUCAUUCAGUGCUCCCUCCUCCUCCUCCUCCUCCUCCUUCAUCAUCACAUAUGCUGUCAGCUACAUGUGUCCACUCUGAGUUCCUGUCAGAGCUGUAAUUUCCCAACGACAAUUGAGUUAUUUCUGGAUCCCAUGCUUUCCACGGAGCAGGUGAGCGCGUGCUGUAGAUUACCAUUGUGACGUCACACCUGCAUACAAAAGUCAGGCUCCGCGCGCACAUCUCGCUUAAUGAGUUCGGAUUUUGACCCGCUGCAACGAGGACACCACAGCGAACCGCUUCAACCAAUGAACUCCUCUGACAACCGGACCAUCUCUGCCUUCACCUCCAAGCUGACUCCGGCUGCUGACAUAUGCGUGGGACUGGCCAUCGUCUCCGUCGUUGUGCUCUCCGUUCUGGGCAAUGGGCUGGUUCUGGUGAUUUGUUACCGCAGGAGGAAGAAGAUGGUGGGCUCGGAGCUGCUGUGCGUCAACCUGGCCGUGGUGGACUUCCUCUGCUGCAUCUGCUUCUACCCGCUCUCCAUCAUGUCCUCCUUCAACCACAUGUGGCUGGGAGAAAACAUCACCUGUGUUUAUUACGGCCUCGGCUGCUUCAUCUUUGGCCUGUGCAGCAUGUUCACCAUCACUGCCAUCAGCAUCACCCGCUACCUGAAGACCUGCAUCCCGGUUUAUGCUGUGUGGCUGGAAGGAACUAACAUCCGGAAAGCGUGCUGUGCCAUCUGGCUCGUGGCUGCUGUGUGGUCCAGCUUCCCUCUGUUCGGCUGGGGAGAGUACGUCCCUGAGCCUUACGGACUGUCCUGCACCAUCGCCUGGAGGGGUUAUCACACCUCUGCCAAGGAUGCCUUCUAUGUCAUCUGCUCCUUUGCCUGCUUCACCAUGGUUCCUGUCCUCCUCAUCGUGGUGUCCCAGUGUCAGAUCCUCUACAAGGUGUCGCGCUUCUCCAACUCGCUUGCUGCAAGAGGCAUCCGCAACAAGCUGAGACACGCUGAGAAACGACUUUCCAUGAUGUUUUUCUGUAUCAGCCUGGGUUUUGUGGUAGCCUGGGCGCCCUACGCUGUAGUGUCCCUCCUCUUCAUUUUCCACAGGGAGAACCAGUACAUGGCUCCUGGGGGCUUUGUGUUCCCCGCCCUCUUUGCCAAAAGCUCCCACAUCUACAACCCCUUCAUAUACUUCUACUUCAACAAGACUUUCCGAAAGGAGCUUCGCUGCCUAAUCCUCUCUUUAUGGCCCAAGCUGGGAGGUAAUCAAGUGGGGGUUCACAUCGACACAGUCCACCAAUUACCCAUCCACAUUCAGCUCCAGGAAAGAGCAUGCGUCCAAAAGAGGACCUUUAGUUUGACUCAGGACCGAACUUGCAGCAAAGGCAAAGGCAAAGGCAAAGGCAAAGUAUUGAACAGCAGAAGCAACCCUGUCCCCGGCAGGCCGGUGUACGCCUGCUGGGGGUCCACGUCGAACAAUGCCCCCAUCACCUUGGACAAUAAAGUUGCCAAAGAUUCCCCGUCUGUCUCUAUAUGAACUCUGUUUGACUGUUUAUACGGGAAUUUAUCCAGCCAUCAACCAAAACGUCUGGUCUUCUAUUGUUAUAUAUUGUUAUAGUGACUACUCUCAGAUACUUAUCAGGGUCCAUGGUGCUGAUUUUGUUAAUAAAUGUGCAAAUAAAGUUUCUAUCUGCUGAACAGCCUUCAUCCUGUUAAAUCCUAAAAGCAUAUGCUCCCCAUUAGUAAUAAGUAGUAGCUGUAUAGCAAAGCUUGUCCUUUGUUUUCAUAACAACCCCUUAGUGUUAUACAUUCAUUUGGCACACUUUCUACAUGAAAACAAACAUAGAUCCAACUAUAAACACUGGUUACAUGCAAAUAUGAUCUGUGGUAAAUUAUUUAUUGUAUUAUGCAGCCUUUGCAUGCUGGUGUUAAUCUUCACUGAAAGUUGUGCUGUGCCUUCUACUGCGUUCAUUUCAUAUUAAAGUUAUGAGUUGCCAACUUGUUGCCAAUAGCUUUAAUGCUAACUUUAAAGUCAGAAUAACGUCUAAGAAAACAAAAGCUCUGAUAAAUCCUACCUGGAACCUGAAAAUAUAUACAUAGAUGCCUCACAUCAGUUCAAUGUAAUUAAAUCCAAAUUUGAACCUUAUUACGGCCCCUCAGAGCUGCUAACGUGGCUAUUUCCUAUAGCAACUCAUUAUGUUUAUGCAUUUAUUUUUACUCUCUGUUUCUUUCUUUUUGUUAUCAUAAUUUCAGCCUGCAGUUGCCUUUUCUUCAUACAGUAGAUUCACUUUGUGAUUUAACUCUCUGCUCACUCUGCCUCAACUACUGAACACAAAUAUACAGGAACUGUAAUAUAUAAUGUUCCAUGUCAUAACUGUUUUGGUGUGUGUGUUUAUGUGUGUGAGUGUUUUAUCUGUAAUAUAUCGUACACUGGCCGUUUUGUAGUACAGUCCCUAACUGUAACAGGUCAGUAUUGAUGAAAAAGCAAACAUUUAAUGUUCAGUCUGAUGUUUUAACUUGAAUUAAUUUACCUAUUCUCAUGAUAUUUGAAUGUUUCCUUGUACGUUUGAUGUGUUUCUUAACAUGCUAGGUGUCUAAUGCAGCAUUUAAAUAUUAAUUGAAUGACUAACUCUUUGUAAACUA